AACAAACCCAAAAGGAUUUGGAAAUUUAGAAUUGAAGAUACACACACACACAUAUAUAUACAAUGAUGGAGUGCUGCAUCUAUAGAGCCUUGGUGGUGUGUAUUGCUUUUGUUGUCUCAGCCUCUGCAACACAACAUACUGUUGGAGGAAGCCAAGGGUGGGAUGUAUCCACAGAUCUUAGCUCCUGGGCUUCUGCUCAAAAAAUUGAAGUUGGUGACCAACUUGUUUUCAAGUACACUACAGGGCUGCACAGUGUGGUUGAACUAGCCAGCGAGAGUGCGUACAAGAAUUGUGACGUUGGUUCAGUACUGGACUCAAAAAACAGCGGCAACGACGUUGUGAAGUUGAACAAAGCAGGCACGCGCUACUUCGCUUGCGGCACGCCGGGGCAUUGCCAGCAGGGGAUGAAGUUGAAGAUCACUGCAGCAGCCUCAGGGAGUUCACAGGCUUCUCCUGCAUCGUCGACGUCGUCGUCGUCGGGUUCAACCACUCCUGGGGCGUCUGCUUCUGCUGCUGCUGGUGUUUCUCAUGUUACUGCAUUGUUGGUCACAACAAUGGUUGUGUGUGUUUUGGUUGUGUAUUAUUGAGUUGGAGAAUUUUGUAUAACUUACAUAUGGUUUUAGUUUUGUAUGGAAGGUGUUUUUAUUAUUCAAGUGUCUGGGUUUUUAUGAGAGAGGAGUGAAAUAAAAAUGGAUUUGUAUGUGAUUUACAGUUUGGGAUAUUAAUUUUUGAGAUAUUAAAUGGAGGAGUUUAA